UUUGUGAUACUGUUCUGAUCCUCACAAUGAUCCUCUUCUGGAACAACACCUACUACCAAGGUCUCUCCUGGGACAACAACACUCGGGACAUGUUCGAGCCUAUCCCGACAUACUACUACGUCAUCAACUACCUGGUCGGACUGGUCUUCAUUUCCUCUUUGUUUGUCGGGGUGGGCCUGAACCCCUUUAUCAUCAUGUUUAAUUGGAGUAAGAGACAGAGCUCCGUGUCUCUUCUCUUUGUCAUAACUGCCUGUGCUGAUACCCUGGUGUGUAUUCUGAUACCUACAUUCUACGGAGCCCUGAUGGUGCAACCCAAGAUUGUAUUCUACGACUACAUGUACGAGAUGUACAUUGUGUGCAUUAUGUGUACAUUCGGGUGCACUUCUCAGGUAACCACAACACUUCUGGGGGUCUGCAGGUUCAUCAAGGUCAUGAACCCCUUCUACAAGAUAAAUAACAGCUACAUUAUCAUUUACCUGCUGCUCCAUGUCGGCUAUAUGUUCGUUCAGGUAAUCUUCAUAAUCCUGCUGAUCCUUGGAAAGAUAGAGAACACCAACAACAUCCAGUUUAAACUGGUCAUGGCCUGCUUCAUCAUCAGCGCCCUCCACUGCGUAGUUGGGUCCGCAUGCUCUGCCUUCACCGUCUGCAAGCUCUACAAAAGCGCAGGAGGGACCGAGGACGAAACUCUCAUCUCGGAGAAAAGGAGGAGCUCUGUUACCAUCCUCCUCAUGAACCUACCUCAUUUCAUCACUGCAGGGUGCAUCUUCACUUCUGUCAUCUCCCCUCAAGGCAUCUCCUGGUUCGACAUCAACUUCAUCUUCUGUCCCAUCCUGACGGGGACCCUCAACCCCCUCUUUAUCGUAACAAGGAGCACCGCCAUCAGGAGGAUGAUCCUGAACUACUUCAGGAGCGCCAGGAGAUACGUCACCUCAGAGCCUGGUGAGAGCAUGAAAACAAGGAGUAUGAGUGGGGCUAACGAAACUGGCAGUACCAUGAUCAAGUCUGGUACCCUUUGAGGAUUCCGAGCAUCUUUAGAAGCGCAGCUCAAACCCGAUGCAACGGUAAUGGAUCAUUAACCAGAUUUUGCCCAUUGUUGUGAGCGUAGUGGAUAUUCCUUUGACUGAUCAUUUCCAAUUUGAACUAAUGUUUUCAUAAGUAGAGUAAUAACACUGUACUUCAGUCGUGACCAUAAUAAAGCAUUGAUCUAUCUCUGUACGUUCCAUGAUUGAAUAUUGUAAUAUGUUUGUUAGCUGCAGAUUUAAUAAUUUCGUAACAAUUUAAGAAGCAUUAAUCUUAAUAGUAAUAUUUUAUGAUUUCUAUCUUCUAAGAAAGAUUGCCGUUUUCAGUUUUGAUUGGUAAACCUUAGAUGGGAAAUCCCACGAAAAAUCUCUCAUCGAGUUAUUGUACGUUCCGUAGAAAAGUUCAAGUAUUAAGUUCCAUUGCAAUACAUUAGCACCUUAAAAGGCUGCAGUAAACUUUAAUUGUCUAAAAUUAUGAAGUUAAAUUGCUUAACCACAAUACGAUUUAAAAAUUGGUUUUAUGAACUUAGGAAAAUCGUUUUAGAUUUAAGUUUAGGUUUUGAAGUUUCUGCAAGAUCCCCUUUUAAAAUAAUGUGUGGCUUGAACACUUGAUUGAAAAUAUUUAUUUGUUAUUGUUUUCCAGAUUUUCAUAGCAUUGUCCAGUUAGUAUCUGAUAGCUCUUGCCUCCUGUUCUUAUUCCGUUUAUUAAACAGUUUUCAAAUUCAAAUUUCGUUACAUUCCCAUCACAUUUUCAUAAAUUUGCCAUAUCAUCUGAGUGCAAUAAAAUUGAAUUCAGUAUAAUGAUUGAUGGAAUGUUGAUUACAUCUACCCAGAUAUUUGUAUUGACAGAUAUUUGCUUGACAGAAUGGUCUGUUUUUACCAAUAAACAACCCGGCCCUCAUCUUAUAAAAUUAUUCAUUUCUUAAAGUAUGCAGCUUGCUUGGGCGUAGUAUUUCGCAGUUAAGUUAAUUUUGUCAAACUAUAAGGCACAAGUUUAGUGGAAGACCCCAAAGGACAUGGCAAACCCCUUGUAAUGCGGACCCUUUUAUGACGAGGUGUUUUAACUGUAAUUGCAAUCAACUAUUGCAAAUUUGUUUGCCGUCGUUUAUUUCUUGAGCUCGGACUAAUUCUGAUGCUUUUUAGCCUUUCAAUGAUAUUCGGAACGUAUAAUCCAGAGUUCAGUAUCUUAAUGUGCGAAGCUUUACAAAGUGGUUCAAGUUUUACACCACUUCUCAAAACAAAUUUGAUCAUAGCUUCGCUUCUCCCUAUGCGAUUGAUUUGUUUUAAUCAUUUCAAGUUGUUUGUUAAUUAUUUUAAGAUACCAAGGUGUAAGAUAUGAAGGUGUUAAAAAUCAAGAUGGUAAGAGAUUUAAGUGGUAAGUUAAAUCCUUGUAUCAAUUAUCCUAAAUAUUGAUAAGGACUUAAAUUGUUUGUUUGUUACAUAUCAGAGUUCAGAAUAUCAAUUAAUGUGAUUUACCGACCCAAAUCGCCGAAUGUUAAAUGCAUCGGAAUUGUUUAUUUUUAAAAUGUUAAAUGUAAUUCUGAUCGAUAUUUUUCGAAAAUUAUAUGUAAUUUCACUAAAUCAAAUUCCCAUU